GCGAAGCUUCAUUAAAUGUUCUUCAAAAUAAAUGCCAACCAGUUUUCCUUAAUACUAAUUUCAACCGACUCAAGCUCUCUCAAUAUGCCGGAAAUACUAACCACUGUUCCACAACUAACGCUGACCAUCGAGAAUUUAAGCGAGACGGACGGUAUCGCCACAGAUCGUUCGACCACCCCUACCAGCGGUACACCCGGCAGGAGUAUCAGACUUAGAACUGCCCAUGAAGAUGCAACUAAACGCAAGCAACAUCACACGAAUAACGGACAGAGUAAAAGAUCGCGCAGAUCUGGUGGUCGUCGAAAUCAAAAGAAAGCGUCAAUGAAAGUUGGUUCACCGCAAAAGUGCUCUACCGCCCUCUGUUUGAAAUCUCAAAUUCCUCGUGCCUUGUUACUCACGCCGUCAUCAUCGUCAGCAUCGCUUAUCACAAACGCCUCCCGCAAUAUAUCGCCAGAGCCAAAUGCCAAAACGAAUAGGUCUGAGUACAAGGCCUUAAAAUCACUCACAACCACAACUGAAGAUCAGCCGUCUACUGCGUCGCGCUCGGUGCCACCGCAGCCAAGCUGUAACGAUACUUGCAGUAACCUCAAAUUUGUAACGACAGCACCAAAACUACCCACAAACCAGAUUUCCUUGAAGCAACAAUUCACAGUUGCCUCUCUGAAUUUCCGAAUACGAAAGUCGGUUACGCAAAUGGAUUUGAAGCGCACACGUCGCGACAACAUCAGCAACUACCAAGUAUUAGCCUCGUCACAGUCGCAGUCGAUAAGUGGGCUUUCAAAUGACUCCAGGGCUUUGAUGACGAAUAGCACUACUGACAUAGUCGGUAUGAUCGGAGGCUCCAGUCAAUCCUCACUGGUGAAGAAAAUUUUCGGUCAGAACAACUACUAUUAUGUGAUACAGGAUCGCGAUCCGAAGGUAGCGGGAAUGCGUAUUUUCGCAACCAUUAUGUUGAACGCCUGGCGAAAGCGGCGGGAUGAGGUCAAACGUCUUAUGGAAGAAGUUAACGAUUUAAAGCGUGGCUCAAUAAAGGCCAAGAACCAGUUACACGUCUUCAAUACGCUCUUUCGUGUUGAGCAAAAGCGUAAUGAUGAGCUGAGUGUUCAGCUGAAACGCUCACUAGAAGAUAUCAACAACACAAAGUCUUCUUGCGAGAGUCUCACCACUUCGCUCAUCAGUCUAAAUGCGGAUAAAGCAGUGCUCGAACAACAGAUACAAAUUAAAGAGCAGGAAUUUGAUAGUCUCAACGCGAUACUCACCCAGACUAAAUCAGAACUAUUUAAAGCAAUGUCGCAACAACGAGAACUUCAGGCCAAUUUGUCCAGGGAACAACGAAAGGUGCAAGCCUUAGAGGCACAAAAGAAUGAGCUAAUUAAUGAGAUUUGCGAAGUUAACAACGAAUCACUACUAAAGGAGGAGAAACUACAUAAUGAAAUUAAGGAGAAAGAUGACGCGUUAGCUACGGCGCUGAGCAAAUUGGAGUCACUAGAAUUGGAAAUCUCUGAGCAGAAACAGAAAACAUUAGUUUUGGAGGACUGCUUGGAGGUAGAGGCCAGUUUGCGGAAGGAAGUAACCAGUCUUUCGCACGAGGUGGAAACUUUGAAGCAGUGUUUGGCCGCUACAUUAGGCAAUCGUCUGCACACCUAUUGGACCAAGUCGAUCACGUACCAGCGCGCCACUUUGCAACUGUUGCAUUGGAUCGCAUAUUGCACACUGCCUGCAACGCCCCCACCAAAGAUCACCACGUUCCCAUUUGGACUCACUUUAGAGAAGGCGCUUAGUAUUGUCAAACCUUAAUGUUGGUCGAUCAGCAUCUUUGGAAUUGGCCAGAGCGAAUUGCACCUGGAGACUACAGCUAUCUGUUUUACUUUUAAUUACAAUAAUUUAAUUUAUUUCAGCAUUUUUUAUCUUUGUUAGGUGGAGAUUUAUGAUAAAACGGAAGUUAUUUGUAUAUAACUCAAAAACUUUAUAAUAAAUGAUAACAUUAAAUAUUA